GCAAAGAAAAAAGGAGAGAUUAUAAUACAAUCAGAGGUAAUCGUCAUUUGGCCUUUGCAUACAUUGGGAUUCUUGUUCAUGCUAGAUCAUUGUAUACUAUUCAAGCUCAUGUGCUUUUUGAGGAAGAGUUCAUUAAGGGUACUGCUUGUGAUCAUAAGGAUGCUGGUGUGAAUUUUCCUGAAUAUUAUUAUCAUUUGUGGAGACCUGGGAAGGAUAUGAUCAAGCACGAGGUUGUUUUUAAUAAAGAAACACAUGCAAUAUGUUGUACAUGCAUGUUGUUUAGUGAAAUGGGUUUGUUUUGUUGUCAUGCUCUUCGAAUUUAUCAUAUGAAUUGUGUUCAUAAGAUUCCAGAUGACUAUAUAUGUAAGAGGUGGGCUAAGGUUGUUAUGUGUAGUCAUGGCCUUGAUGAACCUACAAUGAAAACCAAUGUAGUAUCUACAAGUGUUUGGAGGACACAAACACUAAGGAAAUUUGUUAAGUUGGUAACAAGUUGUCAACACUCUUUGAAUGCUAGAGCAGAGGUUGAAUGUUAUUUCAAUCUUUUAAAAGAAAAGACUGAGAGUGUUACUGGUACUAUUGAUUUUAAUGAACCAGUUGAAGGUAUUGAAAUUGUUGAUCAUGAAGUUAAGAAUCCGGCAAAAUCAAGACCUAUUGGAGAGAGGAAUUAUAGGCCUAAGAGUAAUUUAGAGAAGGCUUAUAACAAAGCCAGGGGUCAGUGGUUGAAGAAAAAGUCAGUAUACACUCCUUAUAAAAGAUCUAAAGGUCAAGCAGUAGUUCAGGAAUUGGACGAGAAUGGGUGUCCUAUAUCUUAUGCUAAUUCUUUGGCUGAUCCUAAUGAGUUAAUUGUGAUUGAAGAUCCAAGUGCUCAGGUUUGUAAUAAAAAAACUGCCAUUGUAGAAAAUAUCCCUUCAGAUGAUAGUGUUUCAAAUGACUUUGAACAGGAAUAUGGAUAUAGCUCUAUGCAAUCAAACGUUACUGUUGAUCCAGACAUAUUUUCUAUUGUUAAGGGUAAAACAGCUGCAAUUGCUCAUGAUGUUGAUAAUUUUCCAACAAGUUCUCAAUUGCCACCAAAGAAACCAAGAAAUGUACCAUUUCCCACAGUUGUGCAUGCUCAAAUCAAUGCUCAAGCUCCUUCUAAAGUUUCUAGCAUUGUUCAAAAUCCUCCAAAAGCUCCAAGAAAUGUUCAAGUUCGUUCUAGUGUUCCGAAGAAAGUUCAAGCUCCUUCUAAUGUUCCAAGAAGUACUCAAGGCUGUUUUCGGUAUGUUCAAGUUGAUUCUAGUAUUUCAAGAAAUGUGCAUGAUGUUCCUAAUGUUCCAAGAAGUACUCAAGGAAAUUCAAGGAAUGUGCAAGUUUCUCCUAGUGUUUCAAGGAAUGUUCUACUUUCUCCUAGUGUUUCAAUGAAUUUUCAAGGAUCUCCUACUGUUUCAAGAAGUACUCAAGGAGGUUCUCCACAGAUUUCAACCAAAUAUGAUAGGUUAUUAGCGUUUUUUGAUACUAGUGUGGCUAAGAGAUUGGCUACAAAUGGUAAAUAAGAGAGUAAAUCAAUAUGCAAUUAUGUUUUGGUGUUUAACUAUCAACAUUUUUAGUUGUCUCAACUUUAUAGAGAUUCAAGUGCUUUAAGUUUUUUAUAUUUUGAUUUAUUAAGUAAUUUGAAUUUUUUUUUCAAACUA